AACAGUGCACUUACUGUGCCGACCGGACCCGGCCACCGCCGCGCAGACGGCAGGAGCGAGGCGAAGGCUCGACCGGAGGGCGGCAGCGCGACCAUGGAGGACGGAUUCACAUAUGAAGAUUAUCAGAACACCGCAGAAUGGCUCCUGUCUCACACCACGCACCGACCUCAAGUGGCAGUGAUCUGUGGCUCUGGGCUGGGAGGUCUGACUGACAAAUUAACUGAGACGCAGGUCUUUGACUACAGUGAGAUACCCAAUUUUCCCCGAAGUACAGUGCCAGGUCAUGCUGGUCGACUGGUGUUUGGCUUCCUGAAUGGCAGAGCGUGUGUGAUGAUGCAAGGCAGAUUCCAUCUGUAUGAAGGGUACCCACUCUGGAAGGUGACGUUCCCUGUGCGGGUUUUCCGGCUUCUGGGGGUGGACACCUUGGUGGUCACCAAUGCGGCUGGAGGCCUUAACCCCAAGUUUGAGGUUGGAGACAUCAUGCUGAUCCGCGACCACAUCAACCUGCCCGGUUUCUGUGGUCAGAACCCUCUCAGAGGGCCCAAUGAGGAGAGGUUUGGUGUUCGUUUUCCUGCCAUGUCUGACGCCUACGACCGCACCAUGAGGCAGAAGGCUCUAAGCGCUUGGAAACAAAUGGGAGAGCAGCGAGAGCUCCAAGAGGGCACCUAUGUGAUGGUCGCAGGCCCCAACUUUGAGACUGUGGCCGAGUGUCGUCUGCUGCAGAAGCUGGGGGCAGAUGCUGUCGGCAUGAGCACCGUACCAGAAGUGAUAGUUGCCCGGCACUGCGGACUUCGGGUCUUUGGCUUCUCACUCAUCACUAACAAAGUCAUCUUGGAUUAUGAAAACCUGGAGAAGGCCAAUCACGAGGAAGUCCUGGAGGCUGGGAAACAGGCCGCACAGAAAUUGGAACAGUUCGUCUCCAUCCUCAUGGCUAGCGUGCCACUCCCUGGCAAUGUCAGUUGACCAGCCCUGGUGGGGUCAGGCAUCUCUGUGAUGAGAUCCAAGUCACGGCGAUCUACUUUGGCCCUUUGCUGGAGUCAUGUGCCUCUGCCCUAAGGUAGUAGCAGGAAGAGGAAGACCUUUACCCUUUACCUCCCCCCCCCCCUUUGUCCCACCAGACAGUCCAGUGCCAGGUCCUCUUGCCCAGCUGUCUUCUCAAAGAUGUUUGCUUCCCUUCCUCCUGACUACCCCAGGAACUGGAGCCUGUGCCCUCCAUCUGUGCAUGGGUGUGCUCAGGAUUUGACCUGGGCCUUUGAGCUUUGUGUAGCAGUGCCACUAGCUGUUUGAGACGAGGCUCUCAUGUUCCUGGGGGUUCAGUUCUGCCCCACCUACCUCUCUAGAGACCAAACAAGGCCUAGACCAGUACCUCUUAGACCUUAUUUAACACCGUACUGUUUUGAGAAUAAAGAGGAAGAUGAAAUAAUUCAUUUUGUUGCAAUUUUGGGUGAGGCUGGGGCUCAGGGCAAGAUUGAUAUGAAAGGUCAUGUGACUCAACUUCUGAGUCAAGUAGCUAAGAACUGGGAUAACCGCAUGGGAGGAUGAAGGAAAGGCAAACGGAGAUACAGUAGGGAGGGCUCAUUCCUGGCACACGGUGACCACUUCCCUCAGUGCCGCCUGUCACUUACCUUCUGUUUCACUCCUUGCCUGCUCAUGAAUAUUUAAAUUCAUUCACUGAUCUCCCCUUCUGUCCAGUUGCCACUUCCUUAGUUAGUCUCUAAUUGUAUUUCCUCUUGCUUCCCCUCUCUCCCCUACUCCUUCUGACUUCAGCCACCGCGCUCUGCUCGCUCUGACUGUGGUGAGUACCUCUGCCCUGCCUGCCUUCCUGAGCUCCUCUUUCUCUCGCUUUUGCAUGGUUGGAACCUCCCCUCGAUGCUGCGUUAGCAUUGCCCUCUGUUGACUCAUUGCACUAUUAUCUUUGCUUAUCAGUGUGCGUUCAGCCAGCUGGCAUGUUUGGAAACCACACCACCCUUUUUGGCCUGGGUGUCAGGCAGGGAUAGUGCCGGAUGAGCCUCUAGUGGUGACUGACAUUUCAGUAGGUGGUGGUAUAAUAUGCAGAGGUAUUUUGGAUAGGAAACUUUUGAGAAGUCUUUCAAGUUACCCUUUGUUUGGUAACUGACCUACAUAGCUGAGCUCCACACAAAGGAUCUUUAUGUGCCCCUGUCACUACUUUUCAUCAAUUCUUUGAACUUCCACCCACCACUGAAUCCAUCACUGGACCUUCAGGCAAUUGGCUCCCAGCUUUCACAGUGCAUCUAAUAGAUGGAACUUAAUUGGUUCAUCUAAUGAGAUCACUUAUGGUCAGUUCUAUUCAAGGUACUGAAUAUCUCUUUGUAUAACAUGCUUAGCUAAGAAAAAUGCUUAAUUGACCUAUAAAAAGCCAUGGAGAUGCCGCUUGAGACACCUGUGGCCCAUACUGGAGUACCUGGAUUUGAGUCCUGGCUCUGCCCUACAUGGGCAGUGAACCAGCACAUGGAAGAUCUCUCUUUUUCUCUCUCUGUAAUUCUGCCUUUCAAAUAAAUAAAAAUAUUUUUUGAAGAUUUAUUGAUUUGUUUGAAAGGCAGAGUUACAGAGAGAAGGCGACACAGAGAGACCUUCUGUCGAUUGAUUCACUGCUCAAAUGGGUGCAACAACCGGGGCUGGACCAGUGGUGGGCCAAGCCGAAGCCAGGAGCCAGGAGCUUCUUCUGGGCUCCCAUGUGGGUGCAGUGGCCCAAGGACUUGGGCCAUCUUCCACUGCUUUCCCAGGUGCAUUAGCUGGGAGCUGGAUUGGAAGUAGAGUAGCCAGGAUUCAAGCUGGCACCCAUAUGGGAUACAGGUACCUCAAGCAGCAGCUUAACUCAUUGAGCCACAGUGCCAGCUCCAGGGAAAGUUUCAUAAAAAACUUUGCGUUUAGCCUUGAAGGAUGGAAGAGAGGAAGAGGAUUUUAUAGCAGGGUAAACCAAGGCACAGAACUGUGAAAAGUACUAGGCGAGUUCGUAAGUCAUUGUCACCCUCAUGCGCGCUGAGAUCUGUAAGACACAGGCAGCAACUGGAGAUGAGAGGAGUGUAGCAGCUGAUGCUUUGCUUUCUUUCGGUUUCAAUCUUUGAUCUGCUUCUUGGCCAGAAUUGUGCCACAUGAAAAAUGCGUCCUGGAGACAGGUGUGGAACAUUUAAGGACAUCUUUAGUUUUAAUUUUAGAAAAUUUACUUGGCAAGCAGAGAAAGAGAGCUUCCACUCAUUGGUUUACUCCCCCAGAUAUCUGCAGUGGCCAGGGGACCAAAGUCAGGAGCCAGAAACUCACUCCAGGUCUCUCAAUUCCAGUGGCAGUAUCUCAACUACCAUCCUUCUACCAGCGUCCACAUUAGCAGGAAGCUGGAAUCAGGAGUCAGAGUUGGGAGUUCAGCUCCGGCACUCCAACUUGGAGUAAGUAGGUCUACUAAAUUCAUAUUCACUAUGUGAAGAUGUGAAUUGUCUUCAAUUUCUUUUUUAAAAAGUCUUUAUUGAGAGGCGCUGGUGCUGUGACAUAGUAGGUUAAGCCUCUGCCUGCGGGGCUGGCAUCCCAUGUGGGUGCCAGUUCAUGUCCACUUCUGAUCCAGCUCUGCUGAUGCUCUGGGAAAGCAGUGGAGGAUGGCCCAAAUGCUUGGGCCCCUGAACUCUGUGGGAGACACGGAAGAAGCUCCUGGCUCCUGGCUUCAGAUCUGCCCAGCUCUGGCUAUUGUGCCCAUGUAGGGAGUGAACCAAUGGAUACUUCUCUUUCUCUGCCUUUCCCUCCUCUUUUUAUAACCCUGCCUCUCAAAUAAAUAAUCUUUAAAAAAAAACUUUAUUGAUAUAAAAUUCAAAUUAAAAAUUUAACUAUUUAAAGUGUAAAAGUAGUUUUUAAUAUAUUCACAGAGAAGAGCAAUCAUCACCACAGUUAAUUUUAGGAUAUUUCAUCAUCUCGAAGGAAACUUUAUCUGCUUCCCACCCACCCACAGUCUGAAACAACUAAUUUACUUCCUUUCCCUAUAAUCUAGUUUGGGCUUUCGUAUGAAUGGAAUUAAAUAUAGAAUUGUGAGUCUUUUGUUACUGGGUUUUUUCACUUAGCACACUUUCAAAGUUUAUCUGGGUCAUAACAUGUACCAGUACUUUGUUCUUUUUUAUGGCCAAAUAAUAUUCCACUGUAUGGAUACAUGAAAUUUUGUUUAUCAAAUGGCUUUGAUUUGAAAAUGCCAACCAGUCCAGUCCAAACUGAAUAUACCAGUUUAGGAGAGCAAGAGGAUGAUGGUACAAAAUUAAGGAACUGGGUGUUAGAGGGCCUCCUAAACUAAGCAAAUCCUUGGAAAAACCAGUGAUGAGACCAAUCCUUUCUAGAGGGAUUUGCAGGAUUGGGUAGUAUCAGCAAAUGUUUCUUUACCAUGUGCUGUGUCAAACAUUUUCCUAAAAACCAUAAUAUAAAUUAGCAUAAGACAGGCCAGCGCCGUGCCUCACUAGGCUAAUCCUCCGCCUGCACCAGCAACCCAGGAUCUAGUCCCGGUCGGGGCGCCGGAUUCUAUCCCGGUUGCUCCUCUUCCAGUCCAGCUCUCUGCUAUGGCCCAGGAAGGCAGUGGAGGAUGGUCCAAGUGCUUGGGCCCUGCACCCGCAUGGGAGACCAGGAGGAAGCACCUGGCUCCUGGCUUCGGAUCGGCGCAAUGCGCCGGCCGCAAAACGCCAGCCAUAGUGACCACUUUGGGGGGUGAACCAGCGGAAAAAGGAAGACCUUUCUCUCUAACUCUGCCUGUCAAAGAAAAGAAAAGAAAAAAAAUUAGCAUAAGACAAAGUGCUUGCCAUCUAGAUGUGAGACAGGAUCUACAAUCAUCCUUCAGUACCUGUGAGAGGUUGGUUCUAAGACCUCUCCAUGGAAAACAAAAUCUGUGCGUGCUCAAGUCCCUUUCUAAAAAUGGCAUGGUGUCUGAAUAUAACAUAGGCACAUCCUUUGUGUACUUUAAGUCUUUACUUACAACACCUAAUACAAUGUAAAACACUAUGUAAAUUGUUAUAUUGUUUUGGGAAUAAUGAAAAGAAAAAGUCUAUAUAUGUUUAGUACAGAUGAAAAUUCUUUUUUUGAAUAUUUGUUGAUCCUCAGUGCAGAACCUGCAGAAAGGGAAAACUGUCUACAUAAAAACAGAAAACAAGGGCCAGUGGGUUGUAUCCUCUACACCUGUUGAAGACUAACUACUACCAGUCUUUUGAUUAUUGCCAUUGUUGAGAAUUGCUUUCUCUUCUGACUAGGAGGAAGAUAGCCUAGUCUUUGAAGAAAUGAAUAUAGCAAUAGGUGUAACAUGGUGUCAGUGGUGGUGUGUGCUAUAGGAAUUCAGGGAAGAGAACCAACACUGGGGCUAAAGAUUGGGACAAGGAUUGACAAAGCUUGAAUUAGGCCUUUUUAAAAAAAAAAAAAAAUUAUCUUUUUGAAAGGCUGUUCCAUCCACUGGUUCACUCCCCAAAUGGCCACAAUAGCCAGAGCUGGGCCAGGAGCUUCCUCCUGGUUUCCCACAUGGAUGUAGGGGCCCAAGCACUUGAACCAUCUUUUGCUCCUUUACCAGGCCAUUAGCAGGGAGCUGGAUCAGAAUCGGAAUAGCCAGGACUUGAACUGACACCCAUUUGGGAUGCUGGCACUGCAGGCAGCAGCUUUACCUUCAAUGCCACAGCGCCAGCCCCAUUGAAUUAGGCCUUAUGGGAAAGAGAGAAGGAAGACACUACAUGCAGGCAGAUUCAAGAAUGUUUAAUCAUUCCACAGAUCACAAUAGUUAAAUUGAAGAAAUGAAUGGAAGGGUGGAAGGUAAGAUGGAAAGGGACUGUUCAGAGUUAUGAUUUCAGGCUGAAGUGUAAACACCUUAUUCUCUAAGCAAGAUGGUCACUAUUGGACAUAACGGACUUGGAAGUGAACUUCUCAGUGUGGUAUUUGAUGGAAAGAAGCCCAUCUGGAAGCAAAGAGGCUUGUUUUGAUGGUAGAAUUAUUUUUACCUAAAAUUAACUAAACAUGAGUAGCAUAGUACAGUUGUUUAGAUUUAGUGUUUCACUUUUUACUUACGUUGAGAUCUGUACGUUUUAAAGAGUAAGUUGUUAUGGGAUAAAAGGUAGGGGUGAGAGUGAAACUAAUUUAGAAGUGAAAAUGCAUGCUUAAAUUCAAUUAGUAGUUUUCUUUUUGUGUGAAAUUUUGAAUGGGCCGUGUAAUCUCAUGGUUUAACAGCCAGAGAACAGGCAUACAUGCAGCGAAAGCCUCCGUUCCAUCUCGUCCUUCCUGUUCCGUCAUACCACUAAUGACUUAUCAGCUUCUUUGGCAUUCUUCCAGAAUUUGUACAAAUACGAACAAAAACAAAUUCUUCCUUUUAAACAUUAUUUUAAAAUAAUUUUUAAAAAUUUGUUUUUGUUUCUUGGAAAGGCUGAGAUAGAGACAGAGAUCUCCCAUCUGCUGGUUCACUCCUCAAAUCCCCACAAUGGCUGGGCCUAGCAAAACCAAAGAAAGGUGCCAGGAACUCCAUCUGGGUCUCCCGUGUGAUUGGCAGGGACCCAACAGGUGGAGUCAUCAUCAGCUGCUUCCUCUGAUACACAUUAGCAGGAAGCUGGAUCGGAAGCAGAGAGCCGGGACUCAGACGAGGCACUGGGAAAUGGAAUGUCAGUCUGCUAAACAGCUGCUUAACCCACUGCGCCACACACUUCUCUCUCUCUUCUUUUUCUUAACAUUUUAUAUAUACAUAUAUAUGCACAUAUUUAAGAUUUAUUUAUUUGAAAGGCAGAGUUACAGAGAGAGGGACAGAGAGAUCUUCCACCUGCUGGUUCAUUCUCCAAAUGGCUGCCACUGCCAAGGCUAGGGCCAGGCUAAAGCCAGGAGCCCUGAGCUCCAUCCAAAUCUCCCAUAUGUGUGACAGGGGCUCAAUUCUGAGCCAUCUUUAGCUGCUUUCCCAGGCACAUUAGCAGGGAGCUGGAUCAGAAGUGGAGCAGCCAAAUCUCAGAUCAGCGUUCAUAUAGGAUGUUAGCGCCACGGGUAGUGACCCAACCCACUGCACUACAAUGCCAGCCCCUAUAUUUUUAUUUUUUAGUUGACACAUAACAGUUGUAUUUACAGGGUCCAAUGUAAUAUUUCGAUACCUGUUUGCACCGUGUAAUGAUCAGAUGAGGGUAACUGGCACACCCACCACCUCCAACAUCGACCAGUUCUUUGUGCUGGGAACAUUCAAAAAACCUCUCUACUAGUGAUGUUGAAAGAGCCGACUAAGUGUUGCCUACCACAGUUAGCCUACAGUGCUGGAGAGCAUCAGAAGCUCUUCCUGCCUUCCAACCGCACCCCUGUACCCGUUAACCAUCCUCUUUCACAUCCUCCCUUCCCCCAUACCCUUCCUAGGCUCUAGUAAUCACCAUUCAUUCUCUACGUUUCGAGCUUCAACAUACAGGGAGGGCACGUGGUGUUUGUCUUUCUGUGCCUGACAAAUCUAUCUUCUCUUAUACACUGUAGAUUGUGUGUUCUAUGUACUGGGGUACUUCUUGCUGCUCUACUUUGCCUUGGAGAUCUUUUCACAUCAAUAAAUUAGUGUGCUCGCUUAAAGAUUCAAGUCUGAUGCAAAGCAUACAUGUCUGUCACCUUAAAAUGUUUAAAAACGAAAGAAGAAUAUAGUCUUUUUUUUUUAAGCCACUUCGAAAACCUUUUUUGAUUACUAAUGGGAAUAGAGACAAAGAGGUAUGUUGCCAGCUCCUCUUUAAAACAAGAAAACAGGGAGGAGAGCUGUUCUUUCUGUCCUGUGCCUAAUUUGAUUUGGCUUAGAUCUCUGUUGACUUUCUCUCCUGUAAAUAAGCCUCUGUUUUUCAUUAAUUAUAUUUUGUUUCUAGGGGACGUUUUUUAAACAAACACUGGUUAUAUGCCUGUUUUUUCUGCUAUUGUAACUUUGGACUUUAAUAAAAACGGGAAAUUUCCUAUCUU